CUUUCACUUGACCCUCCACGUCCUGUGCAAUCCAGCGACUACACAGAGAGCCAUGCCUUCGAUAGCAAUACUGAAUCUGACGACAGUAGUGAGAAUGGAAGUGUUUUCGCUGGCGCGAAUGCUGAAAGCGAUACAGUUAAGGAUUUAGAAGAUCAAGCGGUGCGCGAGGGCAGAACGAGGCCGACAAAGAAGCGUCGAAGAGCCAACGAGUCCAGUGCUACAAUGAUGCUCGAUGUCAUCAACAGUCUCAAGCAGGCAAAUCGGCUAAACCAGUCAAAUCAUGCCAACCAUUUAAACCACGGUUGGUUUGAGAAGGAGAAGAAAGCCUUGCGCAAAAAGAAGCCUUGGAACCGAAGAAGAAGGCACAUCAGGAGAUGGUGGAUUUUAAUAAGGAACUCUUAAAAGAACAGGCAGUAACACUCAGUUGCGAGCUGGCGGCUUUCAGGCGCGAGAAGGAAUUAUUUGGCGCCAAGAAGGAAUACUGGGACACAAGGUACGAGGAUUUACUAUGCGAGAACGUGAGGUUGAAAGCAGAACUUAAAUAUUUAGGCAAGAAAUAUCCAUGGUUAUAAAGGGACUGAGCGAUCGAACAACUUGAAUAAAA